AUGACGGGCUCCAGAGCAGCAGCAGCAGCAGCAGGUGCAACGGCAGCAGCAGGUGCAUCAACAGCAGCAGCAGAUGCAUUAUUGACAGCAGCGGUCACGCCGACAGGAGCAGCAGGUGUAUCAGCAGCAGAAGCAGCAAAUGUGCUUCUGUAUCUCUAUUGCGUGGGCCCGGAGCAGCAGCAGCAGCAGCAGCAAGUACCUCAGCAGCAGCAGGUGCAGCAGCAGCAGCAGGCAGUCUAA